AUCUCUGCUCAAGCACAGCUCUCCUCGUCUUCAGGACGCCGGUGCAAAUUCCAGAACGUGUAGCUAUCGGCGAAUUCGUUUCAUCUGGAAUACAAGGGUAGCACUGCCGGAAUCAGUUAUGAAGCUCCGGUAUGCAAUGGUGUGCUCGUCUAACCAGAAUCGGAGCAUGGAGUCACAUUUUCUACUGAAAAGGGAGGGCUUUGAUGUGGCCUCAUAUGGCACUGGGCAACAUGUGAAGCUUCCUGGUCCUUCUAUUAGGGAACCCAAUGUUUACGACUUCGGUACUCCAUAUAAGCAGAUGUUCGAUGACCUCCGCCGCAAAGACGUCGAGCUGUACAAACGAAAUGGAAUACUGCCUAUGCUGAAAAGGAACUUGGGUGUAAAGCUUGCACCUCAACGUUGGCAGGAUAAUGCAGCUGAUGGUCCCUUUGAUGUCGUAAUUACAUUUGAAGAAAAAGUUUUUGAUUUGGUGCUUGAAGAUCUUCAUAACCGAAACCAAGUUCUCUUGAAGCCGGUUCUUGUUAUCAAUUUAGAAGUAAAAGAUAACCAUGAGGAGGCAGCAAUUGGAGGUCGUCUUGCUUUGAUUUUGUGUCAAGAGCUUGAUGCGACUGAAAAUUGGGAGGAUACAAUUGACGAUAUCAUCAAUAAUUUUGAGAAACAGCACAGACGGAAGCUCCUGUACAGUAUCUCCUUCUACUGAAAGGAUAUCUUAGAGUAUUAAUGGAACCAUCAGUUUGUUCGGUAUUCAAUUUGUCUGCUGGUAUGCUGGGAACGCUUCACUUUUUUUUAAGUAAAACCUUCCCAGUUAAUAGUUAUGGCAAGUGACGAGAAGAUUGCUUCAAAAGCCUUUGCUGGCUCGGAUUAUUUUUGCAGUGUUCCUGCUUCUUCGUUCUCAUAAAGCAUAGCAAAGUAAUGUAACUUAAUAUCGUUUUACUCGUAAUUCUGUUUUAACUUUAAGACAGUAACAUCUUGGAUUGUGGAGGAAAUUAACAAGACCAC